AUGACCUCGUGUCCGAACGAUGAGCUCGCCGAAGAGAUCAAUUCCGUCAAUGCAAUAUACGGCCCUUCCACAAUAACGCUGACAUCAAACCCGUCCAAUUCCCCUCCCCGUCGGCCGAAUGAGCUACCGGUCACAACCACAAUAAUCCUCCGGAUACCCAAUCGGCCAGAUUUCUCGUUCCUUCUUGGUUUCGACAGCAAAUACCCCUCUAGUCCUCCCCGAGUCAUUGGCACUGCGUCCACCAGUUCUCGGGGCGAAGGGAAAAAAUGUCUCGAUGUAUUGAGUGGCUCAGUGCAGAAAGUGUGGCAAGAUGGCUUCGUCUGUCUUUAUGAUCUUAUAGAGGAAUGCGUGGAGCGGUUCGGAGAUAUGCGAGGGGGAGAGCUUGAGGAAUCCGCUGCUGCUGCUGCUGCUGCUGCUGCUGGCGACGAAACUGCGGACACCUCUACUCCAGUAUCUCCAACAGUAGGUACAACUUCUUCACCACCAUCAUUACAUGCGUCAUUUGGUCUCGAGAGUCCCCCAGACUGGGUCGUUUCAGAACCCGUGACGGAGAAGAAAUCAGUGUUCAUUGCCCGUGUCGCCCGAGUCCAAUCGACAGAGACGGCGAAAAAAUAUCUCGAUUACCUUCUUGGUACGGAGAAGAAGAUCGCAGCGGCAACGCACAAUAUCACAGCCUGGCGAAUCAAGCAAAAACCCGGGCGGGGUCCCAAUGGGGUUCCUUCUGAUUGUUACAUCUUAUGCAGUUGA